CUUUCCGUGCCACUCCCCAAUCCGUUCUCCAAUCCCACUCCCCUGUAUGCCGGCGUCCGGGACGCGCUCCCGGGGCCGGCCGCCGCAGCCGGUGGAGGAGGGGGCGCGCGACGCAGAAGCGCCGGUGGAGGAGGCGGGCGAGCUCGGCGCCGACGGCGAUGCGGCGGUUAGUGCGUUACCGGCUCACCCGGUGAGCUCUUCCAGCUCGGGUGAGGACGAUGGGGAGGAGGCGGGGGAUGGGGAUGAUGAGGACGCGGAGGGGCCGCUCCUCCCCAGCUGCCCCGUGUGUAUGAACGCGUGGACCGCCGAUGGCGAGCAUCGCGUAAGUUGCAUUCCUUGUGGACAUGUCUACGGCAGAUCUUGCUUAGAAAAAUGGUUAGCACAGUGUGGGAAGAAAAGUGCCACGUGUCCUCAGUGCGGCAAGAUGUUUAGACAAAAGAACAUUAUCAACCUCUAUGCACCAGAGAUUGUUGUUCCAAAUAAUGAUCUUGAAAAGCAAGUAUUAUCAUUGAGAGAUAAAAAUGAAUUUCUUGAGAAUCAACAACAAAAAUUAAUUGAGGAGGUAAAAGAAUAUAAGAGGCAGAUUUUGUAUCAGCAACGUCUAAUAAAUGAGUCAAGCUCAAAGCGACAGAAAAUGGCAGAACAAUCAUCGAAUGGAGCAAUGAUUGCAGAGUCACUUCCCUCACUUAGAGCACAUGGUGGCAGUAGCGAUCUUUGCAAGUUUGUUCUCCAGAAUGAGUUUGUCCUGGAUGGAGCUCGAGUCAUGGGCAUAGAUGCAUCCAGCCAGAUUAUAGUAGCUUCUGGAAGGGCUCCUGGAGUUAGUGCUGAACAUGUCCUUACCAAGAUCUGCAUGUUCUCUAGACAGGAAACAAAAGUCCGCCUUCCGCCUAACACUAAAGCUGUCAGGGAUAUUUGUAUAACUCCUGGGGGCCUUGCUAUUUUUGCAUCUCUUGGCAGGAAAUUGUCACUUCUCAGCAUGACAACCAACAAUGUUGUCCUUCAGUAUGAUCUACCGGCUCCAGGCUGGUCCUGUUCAGGGGAUCAAACUGGCCCCAAUCACGUAUAUGCUGGAUUACAGAAUGGCAUGCUUUUGGUCUUUGAUACCCGCCAAACUAAAGGACCACUGCACUCCUUGAGUGGCCUAUCUACAAACCCAGUUCAUACAAUCCACUCUGUCGUAGAUGAUAGCGGUUCCACGAAGAUCAUCUCUGCUUCUUCCAUAGGACCCUGCAUUUGGGAUGUAGAUGGCAGUGAAAAUAGGCCAAAUUUGCUUACCGGGAUGGAAAACCAAGGGGUCUGCAUAUCCCUUGCAUGUGCCGCUCCAUCAAGUGAUCUGAUUGUGGCUUCCUUCCGUCCGAGGGUCGAGUUUUCGGGCGAUGGCAGUGCAUCUCAAAUGGGUAUAUCACAAUCACCGACUCUCUCCAGUUCUGGAAAGCUCGGGUGCCACGCUCUCCUGAGGAGGAAGAGCAGCACAUCCUUCGUGAAAGAGCAGAUCUGCAACGGCAACGUGAGUGAGCUGCGGAUGUCGAAGUCCGCAAUCUUACCCUGCAGCGGAACCGACCAACGCCUCUUUGCCUACGGCGACGAGUCGCUGCGCGGAGUUCGCACGUGGCGGCUGCCUUCGUUUCAGCCGCUCGCUGAUCUCAGGCCGCACCGCCAACCUAUCCUUGACCUGAGGUUUGCGGAGAGCUCCACCGGGGAGAAGUACCUCGGGUGCUUGAGCGAGGAGAAGCUGCAGGUCUUCAGAAUUAGGUCAGGGACCGCCGGCGCGCGAGUAGAGCGUCCUGAGGGUGUCGACGACCGGGCGGAACCCGUCGCGGAGCGGCACGACAGAGACGGCGCGGAGGUGCUCGGCGCCGUCCUUGGUGGGCUCGCGCAGCGCCAGGCGGCACAUCUCCCCCUGCAGGGCGUCCGCGGCGGCGCGCGCGGCGCCCCGGUGCGCGGCGAAGAGGCGCGCGAGCUCGUCGGCGGAGCAGCCGAGCAGGGCGCGCGCGCGCGGUCGAAGAGGACGACGGGGAAGACGCGGUCGUGGUCUUCUACGGGUGGCUCGCUUUCUGUGAGCCGUCCACUGGAGAUCGGACGGCUAGGAAAAUCACGUGCUCCCUCUUAUAGCCUGGAUCUGCGUCGUCUUCCCGACCGACCGACCGGGUGCCUUCGGUGUCCGGACCAACCCAAUCCCAAUCCAACAUCGCGAGUCGGGGUCUCUGUCCCUCACCGUCGCCGCCGCGGCUUCCCCCCGCUGACCUCCGCCGGAGUUCGCCGGACUCGUAGGGUUUCUUCAGUCGUCCUCUUCCCUGCUGGAGAUCCGUACCCUAGGUCUGCUAGUGAUUUGUGCAACAACUGUAAGCGUCCAGGGCAUUUUGCUAGAGAUUGUCCAAAUGUGUCUGUCUGCCAUGCCUGUGGCCUUCCAGGGCACAUUGCAGCUGAGUGUUCUUCCAAAGAUCUCUGCUGGAACUGCAAAGAGCCUGGACACAUGGCUAAUGCCUGCCCGAACGAAGGGAUAUGCCGCAACUGUGGCAAAUCAGGCCACAUUGCAAAAGACUGCACUGCUCCGCCAAUGCUGCCUGGAGAAGUGAAGCUCUGCAACAACUGCUACAAACCAGGGCACAUUGCCGUGGAGUGCACCAACGAGAAGGCCUGCAACAACUGUAGGAAGAGUGGCCAUCUUGCCCGUAACUGCACCAAUGAGCCUGUUUGCAACCUCUGCCAUGUUGCAGGGCAUUUGGCCCGUCAAUGCCCCAAAUCUGACGAGAUCAACGAGAGGGGUGGGCUUCCUCCCUUCCGUGGCGGCGAUGCUCUGUUCCGUGGCGGUGAUGCUCUGUUCCGCGGUGGUGAUGCUCCCUUCCGUGGUGGCGAUGCUCCCUUCCGCGGUGGCGGUGGUGCUCUCUUCCGUGGUGGCUACAGUGACGUGGUCUGCCGGGCCUGCAACCAGGUUGGCCAUAUGAGCCGUGACUGCAUGGGUGGCGCCUUCAUGAUCUGCAACAACUGCGGUGGCCGUGGUCACAUGGCUUACGAAUGUCCAUCUGGGAGGCUCCUGGACCGGUUCCCUCCACGCCGAUACUGAACGACUACCAAGAGCUCUUUCAGAUGACUGUUCCUUUUGAUCCAUCGUGUUGUGAGUCAUCAUCUUGACGUGCGUCAUGUUUUUGAUUGUCAAGGGAUUGGGUAUUCCAGUUGUUUCUGCAACUUGUUAGUCUCGUGGUUAUUGAAUGGCUUCUAGGGUCUUUUCAGAUCAGACUCCCUUGCUCCCUGUGUUUUGAAUAAUAAUUAUUUUCAUGGAUUAGUGAAUACCAAGUGUUUAUCUGUAAAUUGUGAUUUCAGCUAUUUUAACUGGAUCAUUCUGUUGAGAGUGGAUCUAUAUGAAUGGAGCGCGUUAUGUUAAUGCUUA